AUAUGGUUGUUUCGUGCUGGAAAAAAUGUUUGGAUAAGGCGAGAAAUUAUUGGAAAACGAUUGACGAUGAAAUAAAUGACGAGAGUGAUGAUAGUGACAAUGAAAGUUUAGAUUUUUGCUCAGGGGACGAAGAUUUUUGUGAUUUUUGUUCAGAGAAUGAAAAUUUUGAUGAUCGCUUAUAG